AGCACAAGUCUGGCAACACUACUCACGCGUUUUAGAGCGCAGAUAAAAGUUAAUAUUUUUCAUGUUGGAAAAUCUAAAAAAAAUGUAGUUUUCUUAUUCGAAUUUGUUGUAAAUCUUAAGAUUUAAUUUUGUAAUUUACUAAAGUGCAUCAAGUGAAAAAGGAAAUAAUAGAUUGCGCAAAAACAAAUAAUUUUACACUAUUAAAAUUGAAGUGCAAAAUAUUUCAACGCAAAUCCAUAAUAGCAAAGUGCUAGUGACGUCUAGGUAGUGCUAUCUGACACAAGAAAAUGUUUAAUUAUCGUUUUUUCGUAUCGCAACAUUUAUUGUCAUCAUCACCGACAUUCGCAGUUUCGUAAACAGCACACUUCAUAAGCCAAAUAUUAGGGCUACAAGCAAUAUUGUGUAUUGGAACUUUAAAAAUAAUCUCAAGGGGAAGGGGUGUUUUAGAAAAACUUUUGUGGUCGAGAUAUAACAGCAGCCGCAGCACACCUUUAGCAAUAGUGUACCUGUGUGUGUGCACAUUGCUGUGCUUUUCCCGAGUAGGGUAGCGAGCGGAGGUGGUGGUUGGUCGACUCUGUCUUAUCAGUUCCGAACUGAGCACUAACGCCAGUGAGCAAAUUUCUGCGUCGUCAGAAGUGUUGUCAACGUACGACGCAGUCGUUUAUGAACUGUACCGGCCAUCGAAGGUCGGACGAUGAUAUUUAUUUGUUAUUGUAAUUUUAGUUAAGUUAAACGGAAUUAUAUUUCACGCUGUUGUAUCAACUUAAGUUAAAACGGCGACGUGUGUAACAUUUUAUUUGUCGCGAAAGCUGUAUAUCGUGGCAGCAGCGAACGCGCCACUCUGCGGGGCAACACAAAGUUAAAUUUUUGUGGACAUGACCGACAGGAAUGCUGGUCAUAAUGGAACGCAGUGGACGAAAGCAACGGUUACAGCAGCAGCCGCUAUUGCUGCACAACAACAGAAAGCACUUAAUACUAAUGUAUUACCUGGAACACAGCUCCUUCAUCAACAACAACGAUUAUACGACCCAGCAGCACUAAUGCCAGCUCAUAGCAGUAUUUUUGGGACAGGUGUUGCUGCUUCGCUUGGUCAUCUAACACAUCCAGAUGGCAUAGCACCCUAUGCCGGUGCACGCUUUCAGCCACCACCACUACCAAUACAACAUCCUACAAUAGAUGCGACUAAUUUAUCACAUACUAUUGCGCACCAGCAUUCCCAACACCCAACGCAACUCGUGCAGCAUCAACCUUCACCGACGCAUACACCAACUUCAGUUCUAACUGCGCCAGCUGCCGCUUCGCCCAGUGUACCUGUACAAAGUGGCUUUGUUCCACCGCCAUUACUGGCAGGUGCAGCAACGUCAGUGUUAACACAAAAUCCAUUUUCAGUAACACAGCAAUUGGAACACCUAACACCUCAUUUAAACUUGCAACAACAAUUGGAGUUGAACAAAAUUAUGACUGCAAUGAAUAGUCAGUCUGGCGGUGUGCUUUCGCCGGGUUCAAUAGGAGGUGGAAACAGCGCAGGAAGUUUAGCAAGUCAACAGCAAGCAACACGACACAUUGUAACUGAUGUGCCAAUGUCUAGUACUGGUAGUAAUAGCAACAGUUGUGGUGGCACAGGUGGAGCUGGAACAGUGGCAGGUACCAUCAGCAGCACUAUAACAGAGAAUGUUUUAAACGCAAUAAGCGCAGUACCAAAUAGUAGCGUCAGCGCCAGUGUGCCGGCCGUGCAUGGUCGUUUGACUGGCAUUGGAGUAAGGAUGCCGGAUGAUGAUCGCUUACGUCGCGUACAGGAAAUGGUGGAGUCGGGUGUAAGUGAAUUAGCAAAACAACAAAUACAACAAAUUGUCGAUCGCGUUUCAACUUUGAAACCUGUGGAAAAGCUACUACUUUAUUUGCGUUUACCGGGAGAAGCACCAGAAUCAGAUCCAUUGCGGCAUCCCCAAAAUCCAUUAGGUUCACGUUCUGAAAUAAAUCACACAAUCAACUGGGUGCGCUCACACCUAGAACACGAUCCCAAAGUGUCCAUACCAAAGCAAGAUGUAUAUAAUGAUUACAUAGCUUAUUGUGAACGCCUCGACAUAAAGCCGCUUUCGACAGCAGAUUUUGGUAAAGUAAUGAAACAAGUGUUUCCGGGCAUACGACCACGUCGUUUAGGCACUCGCGGUCAUUCCCGAUAUUGCUACGCAGCUAUGCGUAAAACCACCAAAUUGGAUGCGCCUCAAUUGCCACUACUCGAUACCACUGCGGCCAAUGAAUCAUCCCUGAUUUCUGGCGCAGGCAACGCCCUACUAGGCGAUGUUUCUGCGGCCAGUGGUGAAGGAGAAACAUGGCAAAUCAUACGCAGUUGGGCGGAGGGCAUGUUGAAUGUGAAAGUGGAUAACGCACAAGAGCUAGCAUCUCACAUAAAAACUGUAACCGGCGGCAACGAACGUUCCGCUGGUAGUACUACACAUAAAAAAUACACACCGCGUGAGCCGAAAGAGAAACGUUUGAUGGCCGAUAUGGGUCCCCUGAAGAAGCGACGUAAGAAAAAGCGCAAAGGAUCGUCAUCGUCUGAAUCCAGUUGUAGUCAGAAUGCUGCGCAGGCGCAGUCACAAACAGCUUUGUCUGACCUAAAUACGCCGGCAAUCGAUGUAAAGCCGUCUGUAAUCGGCGAAUUCGUACAGAUAAAACAAGAAAUACUGGAGUCGCCGACAAUGCAACGAGUACAGCACUUGCCUGCUUCCGUGUCACAUUUGCCGCAAAUGGCUACAGUUACAGACAGCUUUUUGCAACAACAACAACAGCAACAGCAAAUGUUACCCAUGGAUUUGGCAACGGAACAGCGUACAGUUUUGGCACGUGCACCUCCAGCCACUAGUGCCUUUGGAGUAGCCCAUACACAGCCUCAAACACCACAACAACGUCAACCACUACGUACUGCCUUAGCAGGGACACCAUCCAACACAACAGCCGUAAAGAAUCUAACACCAAAAAUCAUUGAACUUGGGGCGGCUGAAUCUGCUGCAAUCUCAGCAGGUGGAGCACAAGAGCCGAACGCAGUCAUUAAAGAGGAAGAAUUCUUAGAUGAGUAUAGUACGAAUAUAUUUUGUAAAAAAGUUCGAAAAGCACAGCAAACCAAAGGGUUUUGGGCUAAUUCGCCUACUUCUGCAACCAUUAAUAAUGCCGUGCCUAUAAUUACCACAACUGCAGCUCCCAAAGAGGUGGGGGCUUCGUCAAAUGUGUUAUCAGCUGUUGCCACAUCAGUUAUUGCAACAUCUGCCGUGGCUUCCAAUCAAGAUGCACCUACACCUAGCGAUUUGAUGGGUCCACCGGCACAAAUUGUAAGCACUACCUCUGUAAGUCCGUCUAGCUCGUUAUUAGGUCCAGACAGUGGUGGUAGUGCUUCCCAUCCCUCCACCGCUGCUUCGCCCAAGGUUUUGUCGCGCAACAUGCUACAAAUGCGGGCUAAACGCCACCAAAUUAUGGCUGCUUUGGCAGCUGAAGCCACUGCAAAUGCUGCCAACAAUCUAGCCGAUCCGGAUGCAGGUGAUCUACCAUCAAAUUUGGGUUUGCCACGCGAGCGUGUCAUUAGUAUAUGUAACAUGGACAAGCACGAAUUGGAUGAUUACUUUGUGGCCGGCGAGGUGGAGGAGGAACCAGAGGAUCAAGAUACCGAAUUGCUUCAAUAUUUUCAGACGAGAGACGCUGAGGAAAAACUGAAUUCCUUAGAUGCUGUAAAAACAAAUAGGCAUCCAACAGUCGCGACGCUGGCAGCAACUGCAGCCAUAGCAACAACAAAAACGUCAACACCAACGACGUCCAGAGCGCGUGCAAAGCCAUUGGCAACGAAAUUUUCACCACAAACAGUCAGCAAACAACUGAGCGUACAAUUAAAUGCCAUGGAUAACGGUAGUUACUCAUCACAAGAGUUAAAUAGUGGAUUUAUUGCCGCUGCUAGUACCAAGAAUCAGACAGCAACAGGCGCUGUGCUGACCAAAGCAAGUCAUACAACAACAAUGGCUGUUGGAUCGGCCUCAGCGUCUCUCACUUUCAUGUCACAGAAGCAUCAACAACAACAACAACAAUCCCAUACACAAGUUCGAAAAGAGAAUAUGCUGCAAACGCUUGCAACAAACAAUACCAAUUUGAACAAACGUAAAAUCAGUUUGAGUGGCACAACGCUUAAUGCGGCCGAAGUAAUUGCGACUCGCAAAAAUUGCAUAUUCUUCCCCAUUUCACCCAACACCAAUACGAACACGGGAACUCGCAACAAUAAAAACACCGGCAAUAAUGCCAACAAUACAAAAUUGAAUGGCAGCAGCAUUUCGCUGCAUGCGGCGAAUAUGCUCAGCUCUGGCGGUGACAAUAGCGGUGGCUCAUUCUUCGUCAGCCCCGGUCAGAGCGCGCAUCGUGUACGUCCUAAAGCAGCAUUCGCAUUAGGCAAGCAGUUGUCUUUGGAGCAUGAUUCCAGUGACCCGAUGAUUGGCGCUAGCCGUCGCCGUCGAAGUUAUGCCAAUCUUGGCACAUCCGGCGGUAAUAGCGCUCUCUUACCACUCACCUCAGCUUCUGCGCCGCCAAGCCCAUCUAUUUUGCAACAGCAACAACAACAACAGCAGCAACAAUUAUACGGUACACCAUUUUUCGGCGGUGAGAUAAGUCAACAAUCGAACAAUCAUACGGCAAGUGGUACGGCCUAUAAUCCGAUGAACAAUAACACGGACGUUAGUGCUGCUGAUUUAUUGGGCGCCGAUCAGAACUCACUGGAUUUGGAUAUGUUUAGUGCGGCGGUGGACCGAGGUAUGGUUGGUUAUGAUGAGUUAACACUGAAUGAUUUAAAUACUGUACCCAAUGAGAUGCAACGUUCACAAUCGGUACCACUAUCACAACUUCAGCGCAUACAUUCGCCGGCCUUCAAUCGCAGUUUCCAAGCUGCUCCCUACUCGGCGUGCACAUCGGUCGCACAGACACCGGUGCCACAGGAAUUCGCUGACUCAACGACGUUCUUCUCCGAGAAUAGCUGUAGUCAAAAUAGUGUCGGCGCUUGCGGUGUCUUAAACGGUAAGCAUAGAACGCAAACGAUGACUGCCAAAAUGCUGGACGACGAAGCUGCCUUGUUAGUCAACGAUCCUGAUGCGAUGCUGGAUAACCUGGACGAAAUGUUCAAUACAAAUUUUUUGCGCAUAAAAUGUCCGAACAAUUUGCAAGGCAACACCACAACAACGACCUGCUCUUCGGCGGGCUCCUCAUCGGGUUACAGCAGCAGCGCUUGUACGGCAUUUGGUAGCGCCGCACUAAUAUCCGGCGUUGGCAAUAACGUAUUGGGUUGUAUAGGCAAUACAAUGUCGCGAUCGGUGCCAUCGACGCCGCUGCCGCAUCAGCAGCAACAGAGUCCGUUCGCUACACACUUCUAUGGCGGACGCCGACGGUUUGAGGAUGAAGUGAAUCUCUCGCCGUCGCUGACCACCUCUAGCAGUACUAUGGGUGGCACAUUUACUACAACUGUAUUCAAAUAUGGCAACAAUGGCGGCGGAUCAUUCGGGCAGAGUGGCGGCGGUGGAGGUUUAAACAACAAUUACGACAUGUCACGCUCCAUGCCCACAACACCAACGGCAACACAACGCUUUCGCUACAGUCCCACCGAGUUUACUCGGGAAUUUCUUAGCAACGGCAACACUAUCGAUAGUCUCAUUAGCGGCGGCGCAAAUACCGGCAGCUUAACUGAUGCUGGCGCACCCAGCGAAGGUCUUAGCGCCGCGCUAACUGGGCUCACGGGCAAUAAUGAUGCGCUUAUUGAUGACAGUUGUGGUCUAACCGCCGAUGUCUUCGUCAAUCACACCGUCACCGAUGCUGAAGCAAUAAUUGCCGAAACGAAUGAGUUGUUAGGAAAUUUGUAGAAUUCGCAUGGAGAGGAAGUGGAGUUGGCUACAACCAGUGAAAGUUAUAGCAAAAACAACAACACGAACAAUAAACAACCUUUAGAGCCCACAAAUGCUGUCGAAGUUCAUUCACAAGCAGACGAGCAUGUGAUGCCAAGUAGUGUUGUUGUGGGACUAUUAUUGGAGCAAGUUGGUAAGCUUUGAGAGUUUUAUCAACUUAGUUCAUGUAUGUUGUUGCACAUUUGCCGGCAAAUUGAUCUGCGGGAUUGCAAUUGUAUGUAAUUAAUUAGAGUUUAAACCCUUUUUGGCGGUGGUGUGAAAAUAGUUGUCUCUCUCCUUGCAUGCUAAUGCAAAUAUUUGGAACGAUUCAAUUCCACGCGAGCCUGCGGUUUCCAAAACAGCCCAGAAAGCGUUUCACACGCUAUACUAGCUGACUAGCUAACUGGGCGUUAGGGAGUGAUACGUUCCACUUUGGAAUAUAAUUAUGUAGAACUAUCCUAAACUAUUGUUGUUGUAACCGUAAUUUUUGUUUUUUGUUUUGUUGUAAUUUUGAUAUAUUCGGGCCCCUUGCAAUGUCAUUAUUCCAACGCUUCUACAAGAAACUAUGAAAAGCUUUAUUCUUGUUGUAACAGCUGAUUUUUUUAUAUAAACACGACCACCGUUGGAUAACUCAGUUUAACAGUUUCCGAAUCUGCACCAUUGCAACAACAAAAACAUGAUUUUUGUGACCAAAUACAUGUAGAUAUGUUUCCAUAGCCAACGAAACUUUCUCUUCAAUCGCCAAUAAGUGCCGAACGAGUGAAGUUGCCACGAUUUACGCUCAUUGAGAAUGUCCAAAUUGCACACUUAUUCAAAUAGAUACAUAUAUUUCUCGACAUAACAAUGCUGUUAACCUAUAAAUUUAGACCAUAUAUAAUUUGUGUUAUUAUAUUUUUUUUUUGUAUUGUGGAAUGUAUGCAAAAUCGCUGGUUUUUGCCAAUUCAAUUGAUUGUUAAAUGUUGUAUUCUAUAUUGCUAUAUGUAUGCAUAAUGUAAUGGUCGUAUUUAGGAUAUACACAUAUAAAUGUUUUAUGUAAAUUUAUACACCUUAAAUUUGUGAGUGAGUGUGAGGGCUGCAAAAAUACAACAACUUAAAUUGCUCAAGUACAAAAUGAAAAUUUUCCCAAUUCUUUGUACUUGUAAUUUAGUUGCCGAAAAGUUCAUUUACAGUAACAAUUUCAAGAUUCCGUUUUGAAGACGAAGUACCAAUUUCGUACGAUUACAACUUUGCAUUUUAAAUGAAAAAAAAACAAAAGAACGUUAAAUUCUUCAGGGUUUUUCCAUUAAAGGAACUUAUUUUAGUUUACAAUUAGCUCGAAACGCGUAAAAAGUAGCUAACUGUAAAAAUUUCGUACAUUAACGGUUUCUUUUUAACGAUGGCCUUAUCAUACCGUAUCGGCGUAUGGUCUUUUAAAGUCAGAUUGAUAAUAACGCAGUGCUUUUGAUCAACACGUCAGGUGUUGGAGUUUUUUCAUAUUUUUAUUUGUUUUUUGUUUUGUGUUUGAAUUUGUCUACAUACGAAUGUACAACAUUUUUCAACAUAUUUUUCUAAAUUUCUACACCCAACUAGCUAGCAGUUCAAUUUAUUGAAUAUAAAUUAAAUUUAUAUAUUAAACAGAUUAUUGACUAUUUUACAAGCUUUAAGCUUAAAAGUUUAUAAACUAAACAUAAACCAAAAAUGUGAAAACAAAAUUUUUUAAAGCAAAUUAAUGAACAUAAAAAAUGAAACGAAAUUUUUAUAACUGUAAUAUUUAUAACUGUAAAUGUAUAUAAUUAUAUUGGCAGUGGAAUUUGGGCCGCCCCUUAUGAUCAAAAUUAAUAUAUGUAUACCUGUAAUAAGGCAAAGAAAAAUGUGAAUUUUUUAUAGUGAAAUUAAAAAAAAAUGAUUCCGCUUUUAAAAUAUAUAUUUUUUUUUAAAUACAUACAUACAAAUUAAUUAGCAUAAAAGUACAUUUCAAAAGCAUACGAAAGUAUCUAAAAGAAAAAAUAAUACGAAAGCGCCUUGCAUGUGACAUAACGGCAUUUUAUGUAGAAAUGUUUCACAAAAUUGUUUAUAUAAUAACUUUCCCCUCACUAAAUGGCUUAUUAGCAUAGCUGUAAUGCAAAUAGUAUUUUAAAAGUACUGCAAAUACAUAUUUACACUUAAAUUCUUGUGUUUUUCCAUUUUGCAAAAUUAAUGAUUCAACUUUUGCAUUUUUAAAUAGAAAACUAACAAAAAUUAAAAAAAAAAAUUUAACUCAGUAUAAUUAUGUACCCACAUACAAACUCGUACAUUGUGUUGGCAUUUUUGGUAACUUGUUUAACCGUAUAAACUAAAAUAAAAAAAAUUUUAUCGAAAGCAAUUGAUGCAUACAGCGGCUUUCACGAUAAUGCUUUUCUUCGUACAGCUUACAAAUGUUUGCAAAAUCGAAUGUCGUUCAAUGUAAAAUGUGAAAGUUCAGUUGAAAGCUCAUAUGAAAUUAAAGCUUUUAUCAUGCCUCAAACACAGUUCCAUAGAAUAUUUUUUGCGCUUUAACAUAUUUUAAAAAUUGAAAGUUUCUCAUGACAUGUGAAAGUUUAGUUGAAAGCUGUUUUUACUUAGAAAUGUCUAGAAUUUAAAUAUUUGAAAAGAUUUAGUAAGCAUAUUAUGAAAUUAAAAUGUUUUAAUAAUUUAUACAUAUAAAGGCUGUUGGUACAAGCUUAAAACAAGCGAUAUUUGAAACGAAUGUUUCUUACUUUCACAAAAUUGAUAUUUCUUUUACAUAGCUAUCGCCACAAUUUCAUAUUUGGUUUGCGUUCUAGCUCCUUACUUUAGGUUUCAAAAGUUUUUAAUCUUUGUAUCUUGUAUUUGAUUUUUGAAAGCUUUUUACAUUGUAUGUAAUCAGACUGUUUAAAAGUCAAAACAAAAAAUUAAAAAAAUAUUAAAAAUCAAUUUCGAAAUCUAUGAAAUGUUUUCAAUGAUAUUAAUAUACCAUAAAGCAUACCGUGACUAUUAAAACUUAAAAAAAAUCAUCGAAACUAUGCAAAAAUUUGAAGUGCUUAGUUUGAAUUAAUUUUGCGAAUAUUUUAAAAUGGGUUUUUUAACGUUUACAAACGGCUGCUUUUCAAUUUUGUUUUUAGAGAUUUAACUGAUUCUAUGAUUAAUGUGAGCGUUCAAUUUUUAAAAUUUGUAUCGGCUUUUAAGCUCUCCAUGUGAGUUUAAAAAAAGCUUUUGAAAGUAAAUUUAAAAUUUGUCUGACAUUAGAAAUUCGAUUUCCUCAAUUAACGAGUAUAUACAUAAGAACAUGAAAAAAUACCUUUUUUCUGCAAACGCCACUAAGUGUGCAUAUUUAUACUGAUUUGAAAUGUGUUUCGUGCCACUAUUCUUUAAUAUGUAUUUCUAUAUUUCUAAUAUGUUUCAACAAUUAGUUAAAUUUUAUUUUUAUUUUUGCUAACUUUGCCUUCUUAUUAUUCUCAUGUAUGUUUGUUGUAUAUAUUUGUUGUCUCUUAUUUAUGCAAUAAGUAUAUUAUUGCGCUAACCGCCCUUUAAUCUAUGUAUAAUAUUAAGUGAAAUUUCGACUUUUCCUUUGGUUAUUUGUUGCUUUAUUUUCACUCUCUUCUAAUUAUGUAAGUCACCUAUGAAUACAAAAUACUUUAAACAAAAGCUGACGCAAUUUACAAAUAUUAUGAAUAUAAGUAAGCCUUAGUUUUAACAUAAAAGUUUUAUUAUUGUAUGCCAAAACAAAAACAAAAAUAAAUCAAAUCCUUUUUGUUGUCUAAUUUGUGACAAAUAUAUCAAUUUUUCUAAGAAAUUAACAUUUUGAAUGCAGAGCUUGUUCAAAGACUUGUUGUUAUUUGUAUAUGUGGGCAAAAUUUAUUGUUACGAAAUGUGUUUAAAUGUAUGAAAUGCAUACGAGCACACGCCGAAAUAUGUACUUUAACCGCUAAGAUGUUGUAAAACAAAAAUAAAUUUAAAAAAAAACCUAACCUAAAAUUUCUUUUUUGUUAAAACCAUUUCCUUAAAACGAUUUGUAAUUUAUUUAUAACAAAUAUAAUUCGAAAAAAGCAGCACUAAACUUAAGUAAAUAUCAUCCUUAUUUGCUUAUAACAAGAAUAACAAAUUUUAAAUUUUAUAAAAUAGUCUUAAUAUGGGAGUGUGCUUAGUAUAGAAAAGUAACAAAAUUAUGUGGAAAUAAAUUAUGUGUUUGUGCCUCAGGCUUAUUUGUAAAUGGUCAAUAAGGAAAAAUAAAACGAAAAAUCAUGAAAUCAAGGAAUGAAAUUAUAUUCUAUUAUUCUUAUAUACAUAUACAUGCAACUACCGUUAGAUAAAAAUAUGUAUACAUUGCUUAUACAACAAACAAAUUAUAUACAUACAUACAUACAUAUAUAUUUAUUAUAUAUACAUAUAUAAUUUGUAUAUAUAUAAAACGGAGAUGUGUAGAUAAAACAAAUCGGGAUUUAAAAACUGUCAAACUGUAAAAAAAAAAUCAAAAGAAAAUUCCAAAAAUUUAAAUUGAAUUUUGAAAAAAAUCUAUACAACAACAAGUGAACAGAAACAAGCCAAAUGAAAAUGCAAGCAUAAUUUCAAACGUAAAUCAAUCAAUGUCAUACAUACAGCCCUAAUAAACGUUAAUUUUGUACCGUUACCGCCAGUCAAACCCUGUGCCGUUGGCAAACGGGACAUCCGAAAAACCAUUAAAUCAAUACACAAUCGCUUUGUAAGAAAACGAAUUAGCAAAGAAUCUACAAUAAGUCGACAAAACAUGCAUAACAUACAUACAGUAAUAACUACGUAUUGGCUGUUUGAUUUAUUUUAAAUACAAUACCAAACUUAUCAAUACAAAUACAAUACAUACAUACAUAGAAACAUAUAGAGCAAGUAAUGUUAAAUAAUACAAUAGCAGACCCACUACAGACACUAAUUAAGCAUUAAGUUACAGUUACAUACAGUAAAUACCAUAUGAAAAACUUCUCCAGCGCAUAAAAUUAACAAAUGUAAUUAUUAAUGUAAUGCAAUGUAAUGCAUAUUAAUUCAAGGGAAUGCAGGAAAACUAUACACACAAAAUAUAAAUAGAAAAUAAAAAACAGUUACAGCUAAUAUAGAGAUCAGAAUGAGCAUAAGUCUUGUGCGUAUACAAAUUUAGUACGAGUCUACAUACACACACAUAUAUAUACAUACAUACAUACAUAUGUAUCACCAUAGUCCGUAACGUUAUAUAACUACUACACACAGACAUAAAUAGAACUCCUUUUUGAUAAAAAUGCGUAAAUGAAAUAAGAUUCUUAAGCCCGAAAGAGAUGGUAAACAAUUAAUAAAAACUGAAAAAAAUUGAA